CAACUUUUCUCUCGUAAGCGUUUGGUUUUCGAGAAAGUGCUGGUCGAGAAAAUUUUUUUCAAACAUUAUUUUCUCGAGAAAAAAAAAACCCUAUCCUCCCAAAUGAGCCGCCCUAGUAAUAGCAGCAGCAGCAGCAGAAGUAGUCGUUCUCCUUCAUCGUCUUAACUUUAUCGCUACAUCUCCGGCGAUCAGAUGAUGUCGGAAACGGCGAUCUGACCGGCGAGAGAUUUCCACCACUCUAAAGAUCGGAAUCUCCUCUCUCCGUCGACUCAGGAAUGGAGCAAUAUGACCUUCAAGGGCAAAGACGGGAUAUGAAGCACAAAGGAAGGAACGUAGUAUGGUCAAUUGCAAUGGACAAGUGCCUUAUUGAAGCCCUUGCUGUGCAGGCUAGAAACGGGAACAAAAUUGACAAAUGUUUUAAUGAAAAUGCUUACACUGCUGCUUGUAUUGCUGUGAACUCUCGUUUUAACUUGAACUUGAACAAUCAGAAAGUUAUUAAUCGACUUAAGACAAUUAAGAAGAGGUAUAAGGCAAUGAAGGAUAUGCUAAGUCAAGAGGGAUUCAAGUGGAAUCCAAAUACGAAGAUGAUUGAGUGUGACAGCGAUGAUCUUUGGAAGAGAUAUGUGGCAGCACACCCUGAUGCAAGAGGAUUUCGAGGUAAACAGAUAGAGAUGUAUGAUGAAUUAAAGAUUGUUUGUGGGAAUUACCAAGCCCCUAGUCGUUGGGCUAAGAUGAAGGACGGAAGCCAUCCAACAGAUUUCAGGAAUUGUGAUGAUGACUCUGUCUCAUAUCUUUCUCCAAGUUCAGAAGAACUAAGCGACACAGAUGGGACAGAGUCAUAUACUGGAACACCGGAGUAUGCCCAAAUGCCAGAUGGUACUCAAGAUCCUCCUAUGGCCCAGCCUCUCAGACAAAUCCCAAAACGGUCGCGUGGCUCAGAGGCUCUUCAGGAUGCAAUGUUGGCUGUGGCGUCCAGCAUUCGGCGCUUGGCUGAUUCCAUGGAGCGAAGCAAAUGCUCAAUUGACUCACAUGAGCUAUUACAGGCAGUGAUGGAGAUCGAUGGCCUGGAAGAGGCUAAACAGAUGUAUGCUUUUGAGUAUUUGAAUGCUGACCCUGUCAAAGCUAGAGCCUUCUUGACUUACAACCCUCGAAUGAGGAAGAUGUAUUUGUUUCGACAGUUCUGGUGGUGGAAGGGAAAGUAGGGCCAAAUCUUAGGACUUUUGGGGUAUAUAACUCAUGAUAUUGUUGGUGUUUUCUGGAUGUUUGCACAUUAUUUAAACCAUCUUUUGUUGAUGUUUUUGGAGGUGACUGUAUAGAUAUCAGAUAUUCACAGGGUGAAUAUAAUUGGCAAGCAGCUAGGAUUGUAGAGACAUGUUCUGGCUUCCAUGCUGCCUGUUUUGGAAGUGAAGCUAUCAAACUAGCAGUAGGCUUAAGAAGAUUUAUUUUCUUGCUUUUUACCCCCUUUAGCUUUUCUAAACCUGGAAAUGGCUGGUAGAAUUUUCUCUUUCAGCCUUACAUGGAAUUUAUGUGUUUACCACGAAUUGUUUCGAGCUGUGUUGUCGACCGUUGAGGCCUUUUCGGCCUUGUUGGAUUGUUUACAACUGUUUUGCCAUUUCCAUUCGAUGCUAGCAGACAGGUAAGCGACCGACAGAUCAGAGCAGUUGGGUUUGAGCAUUACACUCAAGUGUAUCAUGCUGCAUAUUGUAGACAUCAAAAUUUUCAUGAGUUCUUAAUUAUGUUUUAAGCUGAGCCUUUUUCACAA